AUGUCAAAGAAGUCAACAAAGUUGAAAGUUGAGGGUCUCCCUCGGGAUGCAACAGUGAGUCAGAUCUCAGUGUUGUUCUCAAACAAGCGGAAACUAGGAGGUGGCCCUAUUGAGAACAUUGAGCUUACUAAAGGAACUGCAAUUGUUACUUUUGAACACAGUAAUGCUGUGGACAUUAUUCUGGGUAGAGGGAAUACUGUGCAGUUCUAUGAUGUGACUGUGAAAGUGACACGCUACUUUGAUCCUGAUGAUGUCAAGCCAGAUAUGAAACAGAUCAGAACUGCUUCUAAAGGAAACAUAAACAGUGAUGAACAAGAGUUAUCAGACUGUGAAGACAUGCAUGAAAAGAUAAAAAAGAAGUCAAAGAAGCCCCUUAAGGAAACUGAAAAGAAGAAGAAAACAGCUAUCGUCAAGAAACAAUCUUCUGUUUCAGGUAAAGAAGCAAAAACACAUAGAAAAAAGUCUAAAACCUAUUCUGAGACAAGUGAUGAUGAAGAUAUAGGCUCAUCUGAAGAAAAGUCUGAAAGUGAAUCAUUACCUAGGAAAUCUAAAACUCAAAAGUCUGUGAAGGAAAAAAUAACAAAUGAAUCAUGUUCACCUCCAAAAACAUUCUCAGCAAAAGAAAACAAAGACCACAAGAUGAAAGUCUCUAAACAUGCGGCAUCACAUGAUGAAUUGUCAGAUUCAGAAUCACAGUCUGAGAAACUAAAGAAUAAAAGACACAAAUCUUUGAAUGAGAUUUCAACAACAAAAAAGUCAUCUGUGAAUAGGAAGAAAACUUCAGAUUCAGACAGAGAUUCAGAAUGUUACAGGAAAAGAUCUAAAGCAAACUCACGGACUGUUGAAGAUAAUGUUGAUGAAUCAACAGAAACAGAAUCGUCACUAGAGAGGCCAGCAAAGAAAACACAUGCCGUACACAAAAAGUUAUCAAAGAAGAAACGUACAGCAGAAAAGGCAAGAUCUGAGUCGGAAAACUCAGAAGAAGAUCAUACUGAAGAAUCUGAAGAGCUGUGGAAAACAACCAUUAAGGCUAAAGUAUCAGAUAUAACAAAGACCAAAGAUUUUUAUGUCAUGUAUCUUGAAGACCCCCAUAUAUCACAAGGCCAGUUUUAUGAAGAAAGUUUUCUUUUGGAUGGGCUGAACAGAAACCUUUAUGUGACAUUCCAUGACAGAAAAGCUGCUGUUGCCACUGCCAGUUUUAAACACAAAGCUGAUAGUAAUCUACUGAAAGUUGAAAUGGCAACAAAGGAAGAUUUUGAUACCCACUUGAAUCUGGUAUCUGUCCAUGGAUAUUUCUGUAACACAGAUGAGCAGAGAAGAGAACUAAAGAAGAAAAUUGAAGAAAUAUCCCAAAUGGAAGUGAUUGAUAUCAUUCAGCAGGAGGAACCACGAUCAGCCAUUAUUGUGUUCAAUCCAGAUUCAUGUGAAGACAUUAGUGCUUUAACAUGGAUGCCUGUGCUCUUUGGCAACACUCGUCUGAUUGUGGCCCCAGUCUUCAAAACAAACUGUGUGAAAGUGACUGGUCUACACACCUUGAGCUCAGAUGAGACAGUGAAACGCUACAUGUCAAACUCUAAACGCAGCGGGGGAGGCACAAUUACUUUCUUUCAACGGUUGAGCGAAACUGAAGCCUAUGCCACCUAUAAAGAAAGAGAAAGUGUUGAUGGCAUUAUUGCAAAGGGUUCGCACACUCUAGAAGGUGGUACAUUGAAAGUCAGUCCAUACCAUCCUUGCCUCAGCACAGAAGUCUACAAGAAACUGGUUGAACCUCUGAAGCUUCAGCUCGGGAGCAAUACUGGUGCACCUGCUAAAUCUCCUUCAGAAUCUUCACGACAGAUGCAUUCAAGAGGAGAUAUUAAAGCAAACAGAUCAUUGCAUACAUCACAGACGAGAUUGGAGUUUAAAAAAGUUUCCCUUUACACAUACAUCGAUAAAACAUCAAAUAAAAAGAACCAGUAUGCAUUGAAACUCCUUAAAUGUGGAUAUGAGUUUCUGAAAAAACAGGAGGGUGUUCUUAUAAACAUAAUGCAGUCAGUUCAUUGUCGGCAUACUCUUGUUGACGAUGACAGUAUAAGUUCAUUGUUUCUAACUUUGAAUUGGCCCCACAAGAUAAAAUUUGUUGAAGUUCGCCGCAUGCUUGAUCGUGGUUUAGAAGAAUUGAUAAAAUAUCUCGAUACUUUUACAGUAGCACAGUUUGAAUUGCCUCAGUUUUAUAAGUUUCAGCAGUAUUACCUUAUGACAUACCAAGAUGAAGUGCUUGGUUUUGACAUUUACUUUGACAGCUUGGAUAACCUGGCUUAUGUUGUCACCAGCACUGAAAAAGAACAUUUCAUAGAGAACAGAAUGAAUGCUCUGUACCAGAAAUUUACUACCAGUGCUCUCUUUCCAACAGCUUCAGAUCAUAAUAGAUCCUACAUGAAUAAUCAGAGUGGUGAAAGCAGACCAAGACAGAAUGAAAAAACCUCAGAAAAUAUAAGGCCAGGAAUUGUUAGACAAGAACCAAUGCAGAAUGUAUGCUCUUCAAAGGACCUUAAUCAGACAAACAAGAAAAAACCUGCUGUGCCUCCGAAACCUCUGAAAGAAAAUAAUAAAACCAAGGGAACAGUUCAAAAUGAGGUUAUGCUUGCACAGUUGCCAGUAGAGCAGAAAUUAGAGUUAGGAGAAAAUGAUUUAAUUAUGCUGGAAAGAACACAUUUUCAUAAGGAUUUGGAGGCAAAGAUUGUGCCUCUUCAAAUCAUUUUGAACACUGAACAAAGGUGUGCCAUCAUCAAGAGCAGUGAGAAAAGUAAAACUAAUGAAGCUCAAGUUGAGUUGUUAAUGAAAGUCAGAGAUUUCAAAAGCACUGAUAUCACAAGCUUAUUUUCACCAGAACAACUGCAGUUUCUAGACAAACAAGAAGUUCAGAACAAAAUAAAUGACACAUACAAAGAGAUGAAGUAUCAUGCACAUGUCAGAUGUAGCAAUGGCAAAGUAUCUGUUUAUCAUAUGAAAGAUGUAGACAGUAAGCUUUGGAAAGAUGUUGUCACUUCUCAGGUUAUGUCCAAGAAAAAAGAACUUAACAAGGACAUGGUUUUGAUUUUGCAGUCUGAGAAAGGACGAAAGUUUUUGGCUGAUGUUUGUGAAAUAAGUGAUGGCAUGAAAGUAAGAUCUUGUGUGAAACUAGACAACAACUUCCUGCAUAUAGUCACCCCAGCACAGCAGCUGGACAUUGUUUUAAAAUCAGUAGACAAGUUUUUAGAAGAGAACAAAUCUUUUGAAAGAUCAGUUCUAUUUUCUGGUGGAAAGAAGAAGUAUGUCCAAAAAUGCUUAAGUCAAGACUUUGCACAGAUUUCAAAUUCUCUGAUCCCUCUGGGUGCUAAAAUUGUUGAACGAGCAGACAAUUAUAUAGUCCAGGGACUUAAAGAUGGUGUCAUAGAGGGAGAGAAGAGGUUAUCUCAACUGAGUGACAAAAUACUGGUCCAAGAAGUCAGUCUGAAAUAUUUUGGCGUCCAAGAAUUUCUGCAGACAGCUGAAGGAGAAUCACUUUUAACACGCGUAGAGAAUGCACAGAGUUGUGUUAUCUUGCCUUCAACGGAUUUGCCUUCAGGACAGAGUAACUUCACAGCUUUUGGAGGACAAAAACUGCCGCAGUCACAGAAACCCCCGAGUCUUAUUGCUUUGGAUAAAUUAGGAGACUGUUCUAUCAUGUUCCAACAGGGGGACAUAACUUCCAUUGACACUGAAGCCAUUGUUAAUCCCUUAGAUUCCACUCUCAAGUUCAGCAGUGGCCUUGCCAAAGCUUUAAUUUUGAAAGGAGGCCACAAGAUCCAGUCUGAGCUAGCCUCAUCUCAACCACAUGGUGUCUCAGGUGAAAUCAUUGUGACUUCUGCUGGCAAUCUUGACAAAUGUAAGACUAUCAUCCACGUAGUAUGUCCAGUUUUCAGCAGUACUGAAAUGGACGAACUAGAAAGAGCAGUAGCCGCUUGUCUCCAAUGUGCAUCAAGCAAGGGAUUAAAGUCUAUUGCCCUUCCAGCCUUGGGUACAGGAAAGAUUUUGAAAUUUGAUACAUUUGUGGCGUGUCAACGCUUGAUAAAAGCUCUGCAUCAGCAUUUAAUGUCAGGGGACUCUACUCUGAAAAAUAUUCAUCUUUGUGACACCCAAGCUGACCAUGUGAAGCAGUUAAUUGAUAGAUAUAAGAACGCUUUUAGCCGAGAGGUUGACAGUGUUGGAUCGCUUCAGGAGACUGACAGAAAUUUAGCAGCAGCACGCCCUAUUCCACAGCCAAGGACAUUUCCUCCACAAGCAAGCAGAGGUCAGAGGGAUUUCAGGCAUAUUAAGGUCACCUGCAUUCUAGGAGAGAUAGCCAAGCAAAAGACUGAUGUCAUUGUGGUAACAGUUGGAAAUAAUCCGGACCUGUCCAAAAGUGGAAUGACCAAGGAUAUAGUGAAACAUGGUGGUGACAUAGUUCAGCAGGAGUUCAACAGCAACUACGGCAAUGGCAUCAAACCAGGAGAUUUUGGUCAAACUUCUGGAGGAAACCUGCCAUGCAAAAGAAUCUUUUAUGCCAGAUUGCAUCACUGGAGAGGAGACAGUGAAGAACAUAUGAGCAAAUUGGUCUAUAAAUUGCUACAAAAUGCUGACCAGCAAGGAAGUGAUUCCAUGUCAAUACCAGCAAUAGGAACUGGAAAUCUAGGUUAUCCUGCAGAUACUGCAGCUGAUGUUAUCACAAAUGCCAUAUGCCAGUUUGCGAUGGAUAAUCCAAACUCAUCACUAAAAUUAAUCAAUCUUGUUGUGUUUCCAAAAGCUUCUGAUGUUGUGCAGGCUUUUCAGGCAGCUCUGUCGGGAGGUAGACCACGAGAUACCGAAGCUGGUGCAAGUGGAUAUGCUAGAUCAGGUCAUAAAGAACACCGUACGGGCGAGUUACAGAUGAAAUCUGUGACACUGAAAAUCAAGAAGGGGGAUAUAACAAGUGAAAAAUGUGAUGCAAUCAUAUGUGGUAUUAGAGAAACAAUGGAUCUGUCAAGUUCUGGUGCAGUUAGCAAGAAUCUUCUGAAGAAGUGUGGCUCAGCACUCCAGGAUGAAUGCAACAGUAAAAAGGAUGAAAUGGCUCAGAAGGGUUAUAUUACCACCUCAGCUCCCAAUCUGAACUGUAAGAACAUCUAUCACGUCAGCAUGGACAAGUUUUCUCACAACUGGGACAAAUGUGUCAGCCAGGUGUUAGCAGAUGCUGAAAGCCAAGGGUGCACAUCUGUUGGAAUUCCUGCCCUAGGAGCUGGAUCCAGAAGGGCUGACCACAAAAACAUAAAGCAGUCGAUACUGAAAGGGGUGCACUAUUUUGCAAGCAAAGACAAGGUAACAUUAAAGGAUGUCAGACUGGUGGUGUUCAGUCAAGAAAUGUUGGAUGACUUUCUGGAUGACAGUGACAGUCCUAGACAGUCGUCACAUGGCCAUGAAGAUGACAGAGGUUCAAACACUGCAACAGCUGUUUCUGAGCAUGUCAGUUUGAAAAUUUACGCUGACAGUCACAAAACCAUUGCCAAUGCCAACAAAGCACUAAAUGAUGUUGUGAAGGCAGCUUUCAAGAUAGAGAAAGAUAAAAAAAACCAGCUGAAGAUAUUUACUAAACAUCAGGUGCGACAGCUGGAAGAAGAGGGAAGGAGAAAUCAGGUCAAGGUGAAUGUCAGUAUAGAGGAGAGUCUGGUCACAAUGAGCAGUUUUAACAAAGAUGGCAUUAUUACUGUCCAAAAACUGUUGAAUUCUCAGCUGAUUGCUUCUGUAGAAGAUCAUCAUAAGUCUCUGCAUCAGGCAGUUAAAUCUGCCGUAAUUUGGCAAUUUGAGCAGGAGAAAUGGCGGGACUUUGAACCUGUAUUGAACAGUGAACUGGAGAGUGCCUACAAGAAGAAAUCACUGCACUAUGACAUAACCGAUGCCAGAGGUCGCAAUUAUCGGAUUGAUUUUUCUGCCAUGAAAGAAUUCCCAUUACAAAAUGGAACACCACAUGGACAGGGAUUUAAUGUCAGGAGAUACGAUCGUACAAAAGAAGGUGAACCUCUGCCAAAACAGUGGGAGCGUAUGAAAAGUGAUGAGAAUCUAAAAUUAGUGGUGCUGCAAGCUGGGAGUCCAGAGUUUCAGACAGUAGAAAAACGAUUUAUCCAGGGUGGGGCGGCAAAUAUCCCUAUCAAAAAGAUUGAGAGGAUACAGAACAAAUCACUUUAUCAACAAUUCAAGGCAAAGAAACGUGAGAUGGACCAUCGCAAUCCAAAGGGACAUAACAACGAGCAGAGGUUAUUUCAUGGCACUGAUGUUGGUUCUGUCACUGCCAUUAAUGAGAAUGGUUUCAACCGCAGUUACUGUGGAAAAAAUG